UGGCGGCCUAGAGGAGGAGGGGGAGGAUGAUUGUUUUCCAUUUCCGGUAGAGGGAGUGGAGACGCUUUCUAAGGCGAGGAUGGGGUCUUUGUCUUCCUCCUCCAAGUGGGAGCGAGAGACUCUCCGGGCAGGGCGGACCACCUCCGCUUUGUAACUUUUGAGUAAAUCGGCUCUUAAGGCUGUAGAACGGAAUGGGGGAAGGAGCCGAUGUUCUAAUAAUCUUCGAUUCACGGUUCUUGUUGAGGGUCUCCUCCGGUUCGGUAUUCAGUCGGCCAGAAAUCAUAAUAUCUAAGAUUACUGCAUAUUCUCUUAUAAUUCAAUUAUUACAGGUCCCUGUGUUCUUCUGACCUUUCCGCUUCCCUCUCUCUCUCUUUGUGCCCUCCAGAGUCUCUCUGGAUUUCUGCUGUACUCAAGUUUUAGUGUAAACUCAGUUCAAAGAAGAAACUAUGCAGCGAAGGCACAAAGGAUUAAAUCCUGGAAUGCUUCUCCUCCUUUCUCAGCUCUAUCAAGUUGGGUUUAACAACAUUCCACCUGUCACGCUUGCAACCUUGGCAGUGAACAUUUUCUUUUUUCUACAACCCCUGAAACCUCUGGACAAAGCAUGUAUUAGUGUCAAUUAUUGUCUUUACAAAAAAGAUUGGCAUCGUUUGUAUCUUUCAGCAUUUCACCAUGCAGAUGACUGGCAUCUAUAUUUUAAUAUGGUCUCCUUGCUUUGGAAAGGAAUUAAAUUGGAGAAAAGGCUUGGAACUAUGUGGUUUGGAUAUAUAAUUGUACUGUUUUCACUACUUGUGGGAGCUGUAUACCUAUUUCUGGAAGCUAUACUGGCGGAACUUCUUGGUGAUCCUUUAUAUGAACAUCACUGUGCUGUUGGUUUUUCUGGAGUGCUAUUUGCUUUGAAAGUUCUUAAUAACUAUUACCAUCCAGGGGGAUCAACCAAUAUUAUGGGCCUGAAUGUAUCCAAUAAAUACUCCUGUUGGUUGGAACUUCUAGCAAUCCAUAUAUUAAAUCCACAGAGUUCUUUUGCAGGACAUCUGGCAGGUAUUCUUGUUGGCCUAAUGUACACCAUGGGACCCCUGAAGAUUUUCAUGACAGCAUGCACAGGUGGCCAUGUAUUUCCAACUGGCUUUUCAGAACAAAGAAACAGUUACAGAACAGGGAAUUUUAGAUACUCAGGUAGCCCAUUCUAUCCACCAAACACCUAUGAUAGGUAUACUGGUGGACUCACUGAGGAAGAACAAUUUGAAAGAGCAGUAAGUAACAGCUUGAGAGAAAGAGGCAGCAAUACAAGGCAUUACACCAGUGAAAGGAGGCCAUAUGGCUUCUGGCUUUCACCAGAAGAAUUAUCAGCUGAGGAACUCAGAAGGCAGAGGCUUAAUAGAUUUGAGAGGUGGCAGUAGUCUUAAAGUAUAUAUAUA